AUGUCACAACAGCAGCAGCCUCAGGAACAGCAGCGGGCACAGGGUGCACAGCAACUGGCUCACGGGAUGGACCCUCAGCUAGAGGACCCCAUAUCUGCGGUCCUGUAUAAUGAAGUCAUCGAUCCAGCCAUCUCGGGCUCGCAGGAUGCCGGCAUGAAUCCCCCGCCUGUCCCUAGUGCUAAGAACCUGCGUGGACCGGCCGGGCCUCCUUUCCCCCACCGGAACGCGCGCCGCACUUCAGAGAGCACCAGCAUUAGGAGCAAGGCUGUCACGGACACGUUCUCGUCGCAACUGGAACCGCCGAGUCAGAGCACCGCACUGCAGAGGCCGGCUUCAGGACUCGUUUUCGGACCCCCUGGCAGCGUUACAUCUGGUAUCUCUUCCACUAAUGAUACGCCUAGCCGCGAAGCGGCGAGGGCGAGGCUCAUGAAUGCAAUGCUGUCGCGUCUGUUCACCGCUACCGAUGACUUCUUCACUCAGCUUAGCAGCGAACAGGUUGACCAAGAGAUCUGGGACGCGGAACGGGAGGGCUUUAAGAAGGCCUUUGACGCAUACCGUACUUACUACGUACGGGAUGAUAGUGACCCGGUCGUGAACCCGGCUUUCGUCACCGAGGUGAUGCGGCUGGAAAGGGCGUCUUUGCCCUGGUACAAGGUUGUGAGAGUCGUCUCGGCGGCCAACCUCGCCAUGCUCUUCGAUAGCCUCACCCCGCGCAACCAUGCAGACCCGCUGUCGCUGCCACUGCUACAGGCGUUGGAGUCAGAUUUCCCCGGCUCUUUCAUAGGCGAAGGUUCCGUCAACGCAGACAACGCGAUGAACCAGCAGAUCAUUGAGCAGACCCUGAUGAUUCGGACGCAGCUAACUAUCCACCGUCUAAAGGAGCUCCUUAAGGACGGCUCCGCGCCCUUCCACCCCCGCCUGGAGGUUGCGAGAAUCUGGUGCGACGGCGAUGUGUCACCCGAAUCGAUCGAGGCUUUUCUGGGAAACAAUAACGACGGCCUCCAGCUCAAGCCUAUCGCACCGGCCGAUUCCGAGGUGGCUGCGCUGGCCAGGGAUCGGAAUGCUAUUCAGACCCGCUUCGGCUCCAUUUGCAAGAUGCUGCCCGAUCAGGAGGUUAACGGCGACGACCUCGACCUAACGUUUGACCGAGCAGAUCUCGAUGUGCAACCGGCGUUCAACAUGAACUCUCUUCGGAUGCUGAAGCAAUUAGAACAGCAGGGGGGUUCAGUCUACGGCGAUAGCCGAAAGAGACAGGCUCCGGGCCAGCCCUCGACAGUUGGCGAUGAAACUGCUGCAUCGGCCGGGCAGUCGGCAAAGAGGGCGCGGAGGCGGAAGAAGAACGGGGUCCCAGAAGCUACCAUGGGGCCUCCUUCCACGGCUCCGCAAGGAACCGCUCCGCUUGCAGCUUCCGGUGCCGUUUCGCAGUAUCCGCCGUUACCUGGGACGCAAGACGAGCCUGACUUUGAUGCUCUCUCGCAGCGGACGAGGGAGAUAACGGCUGCGGCUCGCAAGGUCAAGGAGCCCCAGGUUCGCUCUGGAUGGGUGCGCCGGGAUAUCAUCCUGCUUGUCAAGGCAGUUAAUACCUACCAGUGCAAGUGGAGCACCAUCGAAAAGGAAAUCAAGGCGGGCACCAUCCCCUUUGAGCGUCCUCGUGAUCAGCAGGCGCUCCGCGACAAGGCGCGGCUGUUGAAGCAAGACUUCCUGAACAGAACCGAUACCCUCCUUCCCCGAGGCUUUGACCUUGUUGUCCUCGGCAAGAAGGAGAAAGAAGCGGUCAAGGCCGUUGGCAAGAACCCGGACCGGAAAGAAGACGACGUUGACGAGAAUGGACAACCCGUCAAUACGGAGUUUAGGGAGGAUAUGGCUGCUGCACCGGCCGCCCUCUUAGAACCGCUUCCGCCGGCCGACGUCCAGCCUGAGCAGCAGCAGCAGCAGCAGCAGCCCGAACCGGAACCCCAGCAAGAACCCCAACAGGCAGUGCCGGAGCAGAUCGCUGCUGUGGGCCGUCGCUAA